AUGCAUUUGAUGUACACAGUGGGGCCGGAUGGCAAGCGUGCCUAUACGCUGAAGAAGGUGACGGCCAGCGGGAAAAUGACACGCUCGGCGCACCCAGCUCGUUUCUCACCGGAUGACAAGUUCUCGCGUCAUCGCAUCACUAUCAAGAAGCGCUUUGGCUUGCUGCCUACGCAGACCCGUGCUGCGUAA